CUGGUGCUCAGUUAUCUUCGUAUCUUCACGACGGAAAUGGUCUUUGACUCUGAUUUCUGCCGCUGACGUACUCGCUGGGCAGUGGACAUUCCGAUUGAAUCUCGACCCACGCAUUGUAAUAUUGUACGCAGGCGGCCGAAAGCAUUGGAGAAGGGGAUGCCUGGUGACUUAUCGCCAAUCUACAUUGACCUCGGGGAAUACGCACGUGCAGCCUAACUGGCCUACAAAAGGCCAGGUAUCGACGGAAGCAUAGUUGAAACGCAGAGCUUGCCCACUACAUUGCAGUAUCUAUCAUCCAGCAUGUCUGCCUCUUCCGAACCGUCAUACGCAGCGUCGCCCUUCGACCAUGUGAAGGCGGACGUUAUUUUACGGUCUUCUGACGACGUUGAAUUCCGCAUAUUCAAGCUAUUCCUCACUCUGGCAUCGCCGUUCUUCGAGACCCUAUUUGAUCUUCCCCAGCCAUCAGAGGAGAUGAUCACGGAUGUGGAGUUCAAGGAUGGACUACCCAUCGUCCCUGUCUCAGAAGACAGCAAGGCGCUGGAUCCACUCCUCCGCUUCUGCUACCCCUGCACUUUGUCAGAGGAUCCUGCCAUCGAGGAUUUUAGAGACGUCAUAAACGUACUGGAGGCGGCAAAAAAGUAUUCCCUCGACGCAAUCGAGAGGACAGUAUGCAAAUCUCUGUUCAACCCCAAGAUAUUGGAGGCGAACUCACUGCGUUGCUUCGCGAUUGCGUGCCGCGCUCGCAUGCAGGAUGAAUGUGUUCUUGCUGCCAAAUACACCCUUCGAGAGCCCUUGGUUCCGAUGUGGUUCGAGGAGAUCGAGUUGAUUACCUCCAGCGAGCUGCUUUCAUUGUUGGCGUAUCAUAAAAAAUGCGGCGAGGCCAUUCAGGAAUUGAAGGACGAAUACUCUUGGAUCGCAGCCGAAUACCCUAAUUGGAAUGCCGCUCCAUGGAUGGUCGCCCUGAAUUCCAGUGGCAGCUACUGUGGAUGCGCUCGGUCAACGUCGCAAAGAGUCAUGUUAAGUGGAUUUACGAGUGCUCAGUGGUGGGAGGUCUUCAUGGACUCCGCUUUUUUGGAUUUGCGCGACAAGCCGUGCGCGGAAACCAUCCGACAACACGCCGAAAAGGCCAUACAGACCGUUCGGCAACGCGGUUGCGGUUACUGUUCUCCUGUGGUACCGGGAGCCAUGUUAGCUUUCGCGACUUUCUUUAGCAACAAAGUUGAAGAGCUAAUCGCCACGGUCGAGUUGGACCUGAAGUUCUGACACCCAAGGCAACCUCCGUUCUUUUUUUUGCAAAUGCCUGAUCAGUGAUCGGGACACAAAGUAAACAGUAGCAGUGUUCUCACCGUUACCUUCAAGUGUUGUAUGACGUGUUCUGCGCUAUGUAAGUACGUGUUCCAGAGGUGUAGGACGGCUUUUGCCAGACUGGUCAUCAAUGAAAUUGGAUGAAUUACAGUAACCGUGUUCGUGCUACAUUCGCGAGAAAGAUGAAAGUAACUUUACCUGGAGCCUCACCUAUGCACAUGUGGGCCUACGCUUUGACAUCAAGAUUUGCAUACUAUAUUAGUCUUC